GUAAGAGAGAGACUGCCUUUUUGGGGGGGACAAAACCUGCACAAGUUUGAGCAUUACAUAAGGAAAUUCUGCUUUUAGCCUGCCUCCAGGUUUGUGCGUCUGUCCCGGACGAAGGGGCGGUGGGGUGGCGUCACGUCAUAUCAGCCGCCGCGCUCUGAUUGGCUGCCGAUUCUCACCCGACACAGCUGUGAUUGUUUUCUGCAGAGGAAGCUCUGGUCUCUGGUAUGAGCUCUGUGCUGAGGAAUGGAGCAACGCUGUAGUGGUUUUUUUCCCUCCACUUCUUUUCUCUCUCUGAGUCCACUUACGAUGAUGUGAACAAGCAACGUGAUCGCAUUGCUUGUUGUUAAGAAGAGGAAAACAAGGGAGAGAGUGUACUUUAAUUAACAGCAGCGGAGGUUUCUCUUUUGACCAGACACUGAAGACGUCUGGAGAUCAAGCCCCAAAGUGCCAAAUGUCCAGACUAGACGACCACUGUUGGAGCUGCUCCUGUGCAUCGAGGGUGGAAACUAAGCACUCAUCAUCUGGAGCGAAGUGGUUGGCAUCGAAAGCUGAAGAGAUGAUGUCCAUUAUCACGUCGGUGCUCAGCAAUGCCUACGGCUCCCUGCACGACGUCCGGACGGCUAACCUGAUCCGCCGGGGUCUCGUCCUCUUCACGGUGGGAGCCUUCCUCGCCUUGGUUCUCAACUUGCUGCAGAUACAAAGGCACGUCACCCUGUUUCCAGAGGAGGUGAUGACCACUGUGUUUUCGUCUGCCUGGUGGAUCCCACCGUGUUGCGGUACCGGUGCUGCUGUUGUCGGCCUGCUGUAUCCCUGCCUCGACAGCCAUUUGGGAGAGCCGCACAAGUUCAAGCGGGAGUGGGCCAGCGUCAUGAGGUGCAUCGCAGUGUUCGUUGGCAUCAAUCACGCCAGUGUUAAACUAGACUUCGUCAACAACAUGCAGCUCUCCCUAACCCUGGCAGCCUUGUCCUUGGGACUGUGGUGGACAUUCGACCGGUCCAGGAGCGGCUUUGGUUUGGGCAUCACCACUGCCUUCCUAGCUACUGUGAUCACACAGCUGCUAGUCUACAAUGGAGUUUACCAGUAUACGUCUCCAGACUUCUUGUACGUGCGCUCCUGGCUCCCAUGCAUAUUCUUCUCUGGUGGUGUUACGGUGGGGAACAUAGGGCGCCAACUUGCCAUGGGUUGUGUGGAGAAACCUCACAAUGACUGAAUGGUGAAGCACAGAACAGUGGAAAGAUAGAAGAGAAACCAGGUGGAGAACCAACAUGGACAAGUUUUGCUUUGAACUCAGAAGAGAAAAAAGACUCAUUGGUUUUUGACUCCAUCCUUUGUUCUCAUAACAAAGUACUGGUCAGAAAAGCCCCUCAUCUAACGUGCCAUGUCCUCUGCACCUCCUUGUGGCCAAACAGCCUUUCCCUCCCAACCUCUGUUGUACUCCAUUAGCAUUAAGGCUUCCUUCACAUUAGACAGGAGGACAGUGUUUGCCUUUUGAAAAAAAAAAAAGUGAACAGUAAGCUGGUUUUAUUUUUGCGCUGGAAGAUCCGGCUCCUCAUCUUCCCACAGUUUAUGGAGUGAAAGAGUGUGUGUGCUUUAGUGUGGAUGUGUUGUGGUCUUAGCAGAAAAGACAUGGGGGUGCUAUAAUGUCUGUUUUUGUUUUAGUAGUUUGAAUAUGAUCAUAAAAGGGAAAUGUUAUAUGAAGUGGACAAAACAAAAAAUGUCUUAACUCUCACAUGGAAAAGUAUUCAGUGGCCUCAAUAUCUGAGGCAUGGAGGAGAUGUACUGUAUGUUCCCAAUCAAGCCAAAUUAAGUAUUUAUUUUGUUACAUUUUGAAUGACCCCAAACCAAAUGUACUGUGUGAUAAUGAAUGCUUCUUCCCAUUUCUAAAGAAACUACCAAUUUGUUUCUUUAGUCAGUCAGUACAGUCAGUCUGUACUGAUUGGUAUUCACUUGUACAUGAGUAAUAUAAGUGGGAUGAUAUUUGGAGAGGAAGAUGAAUAGUACUUAGGUUCUUCAGUGAAAAUGAGUCGUAUUUACUAGUCAUAAAAAAGCAUAACAUUGGCAGUUAUCCACCAGGACACAAUCGUGUUUUCCUUAUUUUUCACAGAAACCUUCUCUCACACCAGCAGUAUGUUGUUUCUCACCUGCAGAUGAUUGUUUAGAAGAAAGUAGGAUGAAGUAUGACAGAAGCUUUUUUCUUUUUCUUUUACUAGCAUAGUGAGGAAAGAUGCUAGUAGGUGCCGUUUUUUAAGAAUGUACCAGGAAUAUAUAUUACAAUUUUGCUGUAAUACCAGUUUUAAAAAAAAACUUCCGACACAUCUUUACCUUUGUGGCCAGGUGUUAAACAUCUUGUGGAAUGGACAAACAUUCACCAUGUUGAUCGUGAGCAUUUCCCACUUUAAAAUUGUAUCUUCAAACUUGCAGUUUGGGAACAUACGCCGGUUAAAGGAGAGAGCGGGACAUUAUUACUUCAGACUCGAAGAUUUGCAAUCUGUGAUUGCCUGUGUAUUAUAGAAUGUAGUGCUUUUGUCACUAUAACAGUUUAGUUUUAUCAUUUGUACAAACAUAAUGACAUUAUUGCUUGUAUAUAUGAUGGCUUGCCUAUGUAAUCAGACAGGUAUUACCAUACUAGACCUACAGUAUGUUAGUUAGUGUUUGGGGGUCUAGAGGAUUAAGUGCAAUCAGAGUAUACAUGAGCCGAUUAUUUUUCUUUAUUUAUUAUUAUUAUUGUUUCUGACAAUGGCUAAAAAAUAUAUAACUUGCAGUGUGAAUACUUUCAACAAAAACAGCAAUAACAUCUUUGUUUUUUUGUGAUUUUUUGUCAGAGAUUACAUGCCUUCAGAGUCAAUACCAAUGACUCUCACCAGAGAGACAAAAUUAAAUCUACAUAUUGUGUCAAACUGUUGUAAAAUCUGAUUUAGUAGCAUUAUCGAAGGAGACCUGAUUUAUUUUUUUAAAUACUUUUUCUUGCGACAGAUCUCAGAGGUCGGAUCUGUUAUAUUCAGGUGUGCUAAACUGAAGAGGAAGCUUUAUUUUUUUGAGGUGGUGUAACACCUUUUGUUUUGAUGUUUUAGAGUCCCUGUGUGUGUCUCAGAUAUUUCAGCUGUGUAUCAUUUUUGCUACCUUGGAUUUAAGUGAAAAAUAAUUAAAAAAAACACCUGAUGAGGA